CACAUGCGCUGGUCGUCUGACGAAAAGACACAGAUAUCAGAUACCAGUUCCAUGUGUACUUACAUACUUGCAGCAUCUCAGUAUGUGAACCAACUGCAACUAAGACUUGUCAACAGCUUCACAACUACGCCAUUCGUUCUUUGGCAAAAAUGCGGACGAUACCAAACUAUUACUUUCUGGCACGCCCGGAACGUCGGGACUGCAAAUGCAAUGUGCUGAUAGUUCCUUACUUCAUUCCUUCCUCAAAACUCCCCGUUUGAUGUCUGUUGCUGUUCCCGAAUACUGCUGCUCGUGCGAAUGACCGAAAGCGCCGAGCAUGCUCCAUGACGGCACUGCGCGCGAAGCUACCCGCCAGACACUCCUGAGCGAGCACAGCAGUAGUUGUUGGGGACGAGAACAAGAAGAAUAUAGUACGGCAGUACGGAACGACAGCACGGAACGUCGUUCCACCACGCGCCGAGCGGGCAGCCAGAGUUCUUCGCAGACCCGAAACCGAUUGUUCCCAAAUAGAAUGGUCAGCGGGGGCACGUCGACAUCACCCCCGCCCCUGGAUGUUGCAGGAGUUGAGGUCGAACUGGUGCCGGGCGGGGAGAGUGGAACCAUUUACCCGCCGCCGGGAACGGAGGAAGCGGGCCGUUCCUCGUCGUCCUCCGCUAGCAACUCCCGGCGCGCGGGUCUCAACAUUGACACCGACAAUCUUGCCGCCAACAGCCAAAGUGUUGCCGUUCCGGUUGUCGAAGUUGUAACAGACCUUGGGGCGGCGCAACAACAAGAAGAACUACAAGUCUUCGUCAAAGACAGCGAUGAACUACAUCAAGCAGAUCAUCUUGCGAUUGUUCCACACUACCCAGAGCCGGCCGUAUCCACGCCAGCGCUUGGGCGGGCCCAUUGCGGCCACCCCCGCGAGGAGCGCAAGGCCGUUCGGCACACCUUCCGGCUUCUGCUGCUGAUCUAUCCGAGUGCACAACUCCACCCCCUCGUUCUCAUUUCUGAUGCAAAAUUCACAACUCCAGUUGUUCCGUUGUGUCACCUCUACUUAUUAUGCAUGAAGCCCAAAUAGAAGUACUGCUACUUACUACAUUCGGCGCAUGAACUUGUCAUGCACACCCUCCACGUGUGCUGUUGUUUCUAUUGCUGGCGUUCAUGCGGUACAAAUGAGGGGGAGGGGGAGUUGUGUGCUCUCAUACGAUCCAGGCCUUUGUGAACUACGACAGCGGCGCCAUUCCGUCCGUGCUGGAGAUCAUUAAAGAGGAGUUCGACCUGGAACCCAGCGCGUUGGGCACCUUGGGUUGCAUUCCCUACCUCGGGAUCACCGUGGCGGCGCCCAUCUUCGGGUUCCUGUUGAACAAAUAUUCGCAGAAAACCAUUCUCAUCUUUGCCCUCUUGUUCAAUGCCAUGUUCUGCGCGCUUCUCGCGUUCGCGAGUGAAUACUGGCAUCUCCUGGUGGCCCGCGGCUUUAUCGGCUUCACGCAGGCGCCCUUCGUGAUCUACUCCACAGUGUGGGUAGAGGAAUUUGCACCCUUAGAUACAAAAACGCUCUGGGUUGCCCUGCUUCAGGUCGGCGUGCCCCUCGGAGUUAUGCUCGGGUAUAUAAAACAGACUACAUUUUCAUCUCCAACAACUUAAAGUGAGUGAAUGUCAUUUGUUUUUUCUACCGGUCUCUGUACCAUUAGGGACAACAAGGUUGGCCUACUUAUUGCUCAGAUAAAGGGUCGAUGUCAUUGCUCAUGAUGCUAUCACGCAGAUUUCGACCUGGCACGUUCCUUUUUUUCAGGUACCUCGUAGCCGGUUUGCUGGUCUCCGCCGAGGUUCACUGGUCGUACGCCAUGAGUUAAGGAGCUGAAGGAGUAGCAGCAGAACGAAGGAGGCCUUGUGGCACCCUGCCAAUGCUCGAAGGUCAUGCCGAGUAACUGAAACUUCCUCGUUUUAAAGUCAGCCACAACUCUACUUCGAGAUUUGAUCCGGACUACAUGUAUUGAAGUGCAAAAUAUGAAAACCAAUGACCGUGUCCGUGUGAGGCAUGUGCUUCUUGUGCUCGUUAUAGCAAACAUGUUGAUCAGAAGAUGAAAACAAAAAUGAAGCCGAACACUUCGUUCCUGCAGCGGUGAAAUUCCAUACACACGUCCAAUGCAUCUCCCUGGGGAUCCUGCUCAUUUUCCUGUUUUUCACGUCCGUGCGCUUCGUCGACAAUCCAUGGUCCUCUCCAGCGAUGGCCAAAUGGCGGGAUCAGUUUAUUUCGCCCGCCAAAAGGAAGCCCGACAACACGGAUAACGUAAGGCAAAGUGCGGCGACGCAGGCGUCGCGUUCGUCGGGCCCUGCACCGCGCACCCGUAUCCGAAAAACAAAAUGGUGCGCAUCUCGAUGUAUUACACGUAUCUUUUUGUGCAGGACGACGAGCCCGACAUCAAAAAAUGACGAAUUGUGGAUCCUUUUGCAUGUUGAAUCCUGCUGCGGCCGUCCGUGCGGCACCAAAGUAGAUACUGAGAUGCAACUGCGAAUCGUUUUUCUGUUCGAUGACUCUGAAGGCCAAGCUGAUGAAUUCGCCUUCGGUCCUAGAGAGCAAUCGCAGCUUUGAGUUUGUGGACUUGCAGCGCAUGUGGCAAAGCGAGAAGAACACGCCCGCUGGCGAAACUAACGGAUCGCUCGACGACAUCGUUGCCCAUCUGGACGGCUGCAACCAGCCGCCCUCGUCGCGCGAUCACCCCGAUUUCCCCCCUAUUUCUGAAGGGUCGAAUAAAGCUCAUUCCCCGGCCGACCAGGAGGGAACGGCACAGGAAAGCCCGGAAGCAGCGGAUGAUGAUCCUGUGCGAACGAACAAGAUGCUGGCGCACUCUAGCUCCGCAACGUCUUCCGCCCUCGGAAGAAAUGAACUAAACAAGGACAGGAACCUUCGCAUUAGUACACUCUCAACAAACACUCAAUUUACCCCCGCGCCUCCGUCCAUGCUGCGGCGCGUGAUGCGGCUGCGCCGGAACACAGUUUUCGUGCUGUGCAUUUUGACGCUCUCGGUACUGUACUUCGUCGUUACCGGCGUGCAGUACUGGGCGACCAUCUACUUCUAUGCCGGAAAGAUUUUGUGAUACGGCCAUUUCCCUGCUGUGCAUGAAUCGGCAAGGGUGCAACAAGCAACGGUAGUGAAAGAAGAAAUAAAAAACACUUCAACUUGUAUGUAUAGCGAUACGUGCAAGAAGAAAAACCAACCGGGCUUCGGUUCCAAAAUUGCCACCGUGCACUGAUUUCUUUCUGUUUUCCCCUGGAUAGUACGGUAGAGGUAUUUCGACCGCCUGGCGAAAAGGAGGAGUCGUUUAAGAUCACGGUCAUUAUAGCGUUUUCGAUUGUAGCCGCCACGGGCCCCGCGCUGGGAGUAGUAUUCGGCGGCCUCUUCAUCGAUUCCAUCGGGGGCUACGACGGGCUGCGCGCCCGUAUUUCCACCAUGCAGGCUUUACUUACCUCCGCGCUUCUCGCAACCGCUUGCGGAGUGGCCGCCGCGUUUGUUCCCCACGGAAAAAAUAUGGGCCAAUUUUACGCGGUCGUCGUGCUGUUGUGGUUCCUUCUCUUCUUCGGGGGCGCGAUGGUGCCUGCCCUCACGGGCAUGAUGCUCAGCGUGGUACGCUAUCUAAGCUUCAUACAACACGUGAUGCUUUUUUUGUUCUACACAAGUCAACAAACACAAAGAGUUUGAUACAUAGUUCACGCAACCCUGCGGCUGCGGUGUCUGUCCCAAAGACAGAGCGCGAAACUAUAUGCCGAGAAUAAAACUUGAAGUUUUUCCUACUUUUCGAAGAGUGAUGCUUCCAAAUGACACAAGGUUCGGAGCGACUUCCGGGCGACUGCAAGCGCGGUGGCGCAAGCGUCCUUCAAUGUGCUGGGUUUCGCUGCGGGGACGCUGGCACCCGGCGUCUUCAUGAAUAUCCUUGACGGCAGUUUCAAAAAUCGACUGCGGGGCGGCAUGACCUUGCUCUUUUUGUGGGCCAUAUUCGGGGUGUUAUUCAUUCUGCUCGCACUUGCAAAGCAGUUCCGGAUUUUAAAUGUGCGACUAAACCACCUGAAUGACCGGUUCGGAGAAAUUAUCACCCGUCAAGGCAGCAUCGACCAGAGCCAGCGCACCUACGCAGAGCUAAUGAAACAGCGACUGGCACUGGAGUCGGCGUUGAACGAGGUGAAAAAACUGAAAUACGACCCUCGCACAAUCGACGUCCGCAUCGGUAACUGCAAAGAGGCGCUGGAACAGGUUUACGUCGAACUAGACCUUUUGGACGACGGAAGGGAUUAUCAAAUGUAAAAAUGUCUGGGUCUGGAAGAUUCUAAACUGGAUUCUAAAAAAAAUUUGUAUUGCAUGACCAGCAAAAGGACUCCAGUUUGUGCUACGUGGAGAGGGCAUUUCUCAUGCGGUAGAGGCAUCACAAAGUCCUCUAAAAAUCUGUGAUGCUAGGGCAUGCAUCAAAGACAUCAUGGGUCAUUCAAAAUAUGCAUCAAAGACAUCAUGGGUCGCCGAAAGUGCUUCCUCGCACGCCCACCCCCCGGGGAGGGGAUCCUUGACCUGUGGCGCUGGGAGCGGGUGUCCACUACAUGAUGAUGAUGACAAACCUGGCAAUCUUCCAGACCCAGACACUUUUACAUUUGAUAGGGAUCCCUACCAAAAUGCAAUCUGCUUUCAACCUGCCUCAUGACGUGCACUGCGUAUCGCGAUUUAGUCCACGACAAAAGUAUGACUUGCUCGACGUUGGCAAUAAGAAGUAAGGCACUUCUUACAAUUGGCAUGAUGACAACUCUCUCCCAUGAUCCGUUUUCUGCAUGACACUGGAGACGAUCGAAUCAGACUAUUGUGACACAGUUGGCAGUUUUCGUUCUGGUAGGCAAGGAGUCGAGCACAAAACGCAGAUGCAGCGCUCGAGGCAAUUUGCGACCCACCGAUCUAGCAAGACCACGACGGACAGUAAAAUCCAAUUUGUGGAGCUGGAUUUAACAAAUUGUACGCAAUUGGUUAUCGUUGCAUGUGCCACAGCCACGACACAAAUUGCCCCCGUCACCUCUAUGCAUCUUCACACACUGCAGACAGAACAUAAUUGAAUAAUGAAAAUCACAUCGGGCAAACAAUUAUGCAUACUGGAAAACGAUAACUUCCGUUUUUUGAUUCCAUAGAACUACCUGACUCCCGAAGAACCGAUGAGUGCUAGAGGGUUGAUAGAAAAUAAAGCAUCCUGAACAACAAACCGAAAAAGAAGAAACAUGACGACGAUUAAAAUUGAAAACCAUCAACAAACACACAAAGCGCACAGCAAAAAAAUCAUUGGCAUAUGAUAUGCCUGAGCUUCUCA